AUAGGUACGCGCGCGUCUAUGUCACGUGGUCUCAGAAAAUGUCCACUUGACGCCAGUAUCCCGGUCUCGUUCGAGGUGCUGUUUGGAGUUCUGAUUCUGACGGUGUUCCGCAGCUAGCUGAAGGUAUGAAGCUCCGGGUCCAACUCCAGUGUAAGAACCUGCAUGAGUACAUGAAGGAGCUGAGUCCUGAUGUCCUAGACCGGCUCUUCAACCACCCAGCAACCUGUCUGGCGGUCUACAGGGAACUUCCCAAGCUAGCCCAGAACUAUGUGAUACGCAUGCUGUUCUUGGAUCAGCCACUUCCCCAGGCAGCCGUAGCUCUGUGGAUGAAAAAGGACGGUCAAAGGGACCAUGAUGAGUGCGUGUCUGUCCUGACUGGUCUCCGUCUCUGGCACAGUCAGCAGCUGCAGGGUGGCCUGCAGGGUUACACUUUAAAUCCAGUUUUCAAAGACAACCUGAGGACUGCUUUGCUGGGGGGUGGCACCGCAUGGGCUGAAGAGCAGAGUGCCCUGGGUCCAGAUCGUCAUGCACGGGACAUAGAAAGUCUAGACCGCUACGCCAUGGAGCGCUGGGAGGUCAUUCUACAGUUCAUGGUGGGGUCACCAUGUGCAGUCAGCCAGGACCUCUCUCAGCUGCUGGUUCAAGCAGGCCUGAUGAAGAGUGAGGCAGGAGAGGCUCCAUACAUCACAUCUGCUGGUUUCCAGUUCCUCCUCCUGGACACGGCCUCCCAGCUGUGGUACUUUACCCUGCAGUACCUCAGAACUGCUCAGUCCAGAGGGAUGGACCUGGUGGAGAUCCUAUCCUUCUUGUUCCAACUCAGCUUUUCUACUCUGGGCAGAGACUACUCUGUGGAGGGCAUGAGUGAGUCCCUGCUUACGUUCCUGCAGCACCUUCGAGAGUUUGGUCUGGUGUUCCAGAGGAAGAGAAAGUCCCGACGGUACUACCCCACCAGACUGGCCAUCACUCUAGCUGCUGGAGUCUCCUCUUCCUCCUCUUCGCCUGCUGAAACUGCAGACGCAGGCUUCAUCGUUGUGGAAACGAACUAUCGUAUCUACGCCUACACCAACUCAGAACUUCAGAUUGCUCUUGUGGCUCUGUUCUGCGAGAUGUUGUAUCGGUUCCCUAAUGUGGUGGUGGCUCAGCUCACACGAGAGUCGGUGCAGCAGGCCAUCGCCAACGGCAUCACAGCUCAGCAGAUAAUCCACUUCCUCAAGACCCGAGCCCACCCUGUCAUCCUCAAACAGACCCCGGUGCUGCCUCCAACUAUAACAGAUCAGAUCCGACUCUGGGAGCUGGAAAGAGACCGGUUACAGUUCACAGAAGGAGUCCUCUAUAACCAGUUCCUGUCCCAGGUGGACUUUGAGGUUCUUCGUGACCGAGCUCAGGGUCUGGGCUGUUUGGUGUGGCAGGAUGUGGCCCACAGGGUGAUGGUGGUGACUCCAGAGGGACACAGUGAAGUCAAGAGGUUCUGGAAACGACAGAGGUCCCACACGUAGUUGGUCCAAGACACCACUGUUGUGUUACUGUGGACUCAUGUGGAAGUGCCUGUUGGUGUUGACGGUCCAAGAAGGUUUUCACACCGGCCUUGUGGAAUUUUGUAUUUAUGUAAUUUGGGUUGAACGAAUGAACAUUUUUCAUGUC